AAAUAAAAAAUGACCCAUUUAACCCUUUUAACUCUGCUGCCCGUCAGAUCCACGUUUGACACUGUCAAACGAAUGUAGAGCUCAAACCCUGUCAACGUAGCGGUACUCCAUGGAGGAAUGAGUAGGGCACACUCGCACCAAUGUAAUACUGAGUUCACACCUUCAACAUGGUUCCUCCUAGUCUCUCGUCACAACAACUAUUUUCAAAUCUCCGUUUCAUUUCCGUCUCCACCUUCAAUCCUCAUCUUAGGUACAUUUGUUCUGACCACCCAGAAUCUCAACACGCAAUACCCAGAUCACGAAAUGAAAGUAAAACGGCCAAAACCAUGGCCAAUCUUAUCAAUUCCAAACCAUGGUCAAACGCGUUGGUCUCGCUUCUGCCCACCCCUCUCUCCAAAACGACGGUGCUCCGAACCCUUCGCCUCAUCAGGGACCCUUCCAAAGCCCUUCGCUUUUUCAAGUGGGCUCAGCAAAGUGGUUUUUCCCACACAGUUCAGUCUUACUUCAUCAUGCUACAAAUUCUGGGUCGCCAUAGGAACCUCAACGUUGCCCGAAACUUGCUUUUUUCCAUCGAGAAAAAGUCUAACGGAACCGUCAAGCUUGAGGACAGGUUCUUCAAUACCCUCAUCAGAAGCUACGCCGAAGCAGGCCUCUUCAAAGAAUCCUUGAAGCUUUUUCAGACCAUGAAGUCCGUUGCUGUUUCCCCCUCCGUGAUUACCUUCAACUCUGUUUUGUCUAUUUUGCUUAAAAGGGGUCGCACCAAUAUGGCCAAAGAGGUGUAUGAUGAAAUGCUUCAUACGUAUGGUGUUAGUCCAGACACUUGUACAUACAAUGUUUUGAUUAGAGGGCUUUGCAAAAACUCAAUGGUCGAUGAAGGGUUUCGGUUCUUUAAAGAGAUGGUUAGUUUUAAUUGUGACCCGGAUGUUGUCACGUAUAACACUCUUGUUGAUGGUUUAUGUAGAGCAGGGAAGGUUAGAAUUGCUCGGAAUUUAGUAAAUGCUAUGAGCAAGAAAUGUGAGGGUUUGAAUCCUAAUGUUGUUACUUAUACCACUUUGAUCCGAGGGUAUUGUAUGAAGCAAGAAGUUGAUGAGGCAUUGGUAGUUCUUGAAGAGAUGAGUGGCCGGGGCAUUGAGCCGAACAUGGUUACCUAUAAUACUUUGAUAAAAGGGCUUUGUGAGGUACAGAAGUUGGACAAGAUGAAAGAUAUUUUGUUAUUGAUGAAAGACAAUGGGGGUUUUAGCCCUGAUACAUUUACAUUUAAUACAAUUAUUCAUUCCCAUUGUUGUGCAGGAAAUUUAGAUGAAGCACUGAAGGUGUUUGAAAGAAUGAAGAAAUUUCAGGUCCGCGUGGAUUCAGCCUCUUACAGCCCUCUGAUACGUUGUUUGUGUCAGAAAGGGGACUAUGAUAUGGCAGAGGUGUUAUUUGAUGAGUUAUUUGAGAAGGAAAUCCUAUUGAGUAAUUUUGGCUCCAUGCCACUUGCUGCUGCUUAUAGUCCUCUUAUUCAGUAUUUGUGUGAACAUGGGAAGAGUAAGAAGGCCGAGAGGGUGAUGAGACAGUUAAUGAAAAGGGGCACACAAGAUGGCCAAUUAUACAACACGUUGAUUAUGGGGCAUUGUAAAGAAGGUGCAUACGAAAGUGGAUAUGAGCUUUUAGUGUGGAUGCUGAGAAGAGACUUUCUUCCUGAUGUUGAUAUAUAUGAUUACUUGAUUGAUGGUUUUCUUUUAAAGAAUAAGCCUCUCCUUGCAAAGGAGACACUAGAGAAAAUGCUUAAGAGCUCCUAUCAACCUAAAACAGCCACCUGGCAUUCCAUACUAGCAAAACUUUUGGAAAAGGGUUGUGCUCAUGAGUCUGCCUGUGUUAUUUUGAUGAUGCUGGAGAAAAAUGUUAGACAGAAUAUAAACCUGUCAACUGAAAAUUUAAAGCUACUUUUUAGAUGUGGACAGCAAGAAAGAGCAUUUGAGAUCAUUGAUUUGCUUUAUAAGAAUGGAUACCGUGUUACAAUAGAAGAAGUGGUUCAAUUUCUUUUUGAGAGAGGAAAGCUAUCAGAAGCAUGCAAAAUGUUGUUUUUUAGUUUGAAAAAUCAUCAGAAUGUUGACAUUGAUUUGUGUAAUGCAAUUGUUCUGAAUCUUUGUAAAACUAACAAGGUCUCAGAAGCAUUUAAUUUAUGCUAUGAAUUGGUGGAGAAAGGUUUAUGUCAGGAAUUGACAUGUCUAAAUGAUCUACUGCCUGCUUUAGAGCAAGGGGGAAGAAGAGAAGAAGCUCUAUUUAUAUCAAAGAGAUUACCAAGACUGGAGAAUUUAGAUGAAUCUAAGGGAAAUCAUAGCUCUAAGAAGUUCAGGCCUAUUAAAGUGUGAACCGUGUUUCUUGCUCUUUCAAUAUUCUGUUUUCAUCUUUUCUGCUUUGACGGUUGAAAGUUAAAAUCAUUAGCUUCUACAGCUUGAAGAUGAUCUCUAUCUGAUAAAGUGCAAUAGUUUGAUGUGUCAUAUGGUGGCAUCAAGAUCACCGACCUUGUGCUGCCGUAGUCAGUAAGCAAACCAGAAGGUGAUAAAAUAAGCCAACCUCCCGGUUAACAGGUAUGCGCCCUGGAAGCCAUCUUUGGAAAUAUGGCCAGUCUUUUACCUUAAAGACUCGUUGCCACUGAUUCACAGUUUCUCCACUCUCAGUCUACAAGAAGAGACGGAAUGCAAAGAAUAUUAGCUAGAUGAAGGACCCAAGAGAUAACUACUAAGAUGUACAAAGGAAAAAAAAAAUAACGCUUAUGAGUGCUGACUAGAAAUGCACAUCACAUUCUUUGUCAUGAGCCUAUUCGUUAGUUUUCAAAAGCUUGUUUUUAGAGUUUUUAGUGUGUGUUUGAUUCAGUUUUUUUUUUCUUUUUUAUAUAAAGUUGAAAGUGUAUUAGUUAAAAAGAAAAACGAAAGUAUAAACAUCAGUGAGUUUUCAAUAAUACUAGUUAUUUUGACUAGGUCACUCUACAUUCAAUAAUACUGAUGCAGUAAAAAUUUCUCGAAAUAACAAAAACUAUUCUUCCUUCAAAGCAUGUUGAUAUCAUGUAUUAGUUAGUUAUAGACGAAAUUGAAAUUUUUCUCACUUGGAUUUUUAGUACCUUGACGCUAAGGAGAUGUUUCCAUAUCCACUGACUAAGGUCCUAACUUUCAAGCUUUUCUAAAACACGCAGGUCGUAAGUUUGGCUAUGAAUUUUGGUAUGCUUAGUGGAAGUCUGGCUUUAUACAUAUUUUAGGAGAUAUCUUUUAGAUGAUGUCAGUUUCAGCAUGUUUCUUAUUAUCAUUUUUAAAUACUUGGACCAUUGUAGUGUUGUAUUUUUCAUUAGCCAUUGCGCAAUAUAUAUAUAUCCAUCUUGAAUGUUAUUUGUUGCUCAAAAUUGUACUUGUUCUUUGACAUGUGAUUUAGUUGUAAUUGUGAUUCUAGCUUAAUGAUCCAUAUUUUGGCUGUUAACAAAUGCUAUCUAAAUGGGAGAAUGGUAAAUUAAUUAUGGAUUAGUCUUAAUUAAUAAUUAAAAUAUUAUCUUUACUGUUAUCUGACAAUUAGAGAUAUGAUCUAUGUAUUCGAUCUUUUGCAAAUUUAUUACCCCACCC